AUGGCGGACAUCGACGCCGAGGCUAGGGCAGCAAAGGCCGCUCGAGCCAGAAAGCAGCUCAAAAAGCAUCAGGCACAAAAGGCUGCAGCAGCAGCGGCAGCAGCCGCGGGCGGCUCCCCAGAACCAGACAAGGACGCCUCAAACAAGAAGGACGACGAGCAGGCACAGGGCGAGCCUCAACCAGAUUCGGACAAGGAUGCCCCCGAUCAAGAGGUCGCCAUAUCGAAUCAGGACGAGAUUGCAGAGCUGAAGCGUCAAGCCGAAGCCACUAGCGCCGCUCACAACGAAGAGGUCGCCGAGCUGAAGCGCAAGGCCGAAGCGGCAGACAAGGAUGCCCAAGAGCUGGUUGAGCUGAGGACAAGCCGCAACGAGUCCGAGAGGCGCCUCGCCGAGCUCGAGAAGGUCAGUGGUGAUCUCGAGGCAAGGUUGACCGCAAGCGACAAGGCGAGCAAGAAGGCCGAGGAGGAUGCAAAGGCACUCGCCGAGCUGGAGAAGAAGAGGAUUGAGUCCGAUAAGCGCAUCACCGAACUCGAGAAGACCAAGAAGGACCUCGAAGCCAAGGUGGCUGCGGGCAACGAGGCGAGCAAGAAGGCUGCCAAAGACGCCGAAGCGCUCCUGAAGCUCGAGAAGAAGAGGAGCGAGUCAGACAAACGCAUCACUGAGCUCGAGAAGGCCAAAAGCGACCUCGAGGCCAAGGUAGCCGCAAGCGACAAGGGGAGCAAGAAGGCCGCCAAGGACGCCGAAGCACUCACAGAGCUACAGAAGAAGAAAGACGAGUCGGAAAAGCGCAUCGCCGAGCUCGAGAAGGACAACAAGGACCUCGAGGCAAAAGUGGCGUCGGGCGACGAGGCAAGCAAAAAGGCCGAACGGGAGGCGCAGACGCUCCUCGAUCUCGAGAGGAGGAAGAAGGAAGACUCUGAAAAGCGCAUCGCCGUGCUGGAGAAGGACAAGGGCGAGUCCGACAAGCGCAUCACCGAACUCGAGAAGACCAAGAAAGACCUCGAAGCCAAGGUGUCCGCGGGCGACAAGGCGAGCAAGAAGGCGGCGGAAGACGCGCAGGCGCUGCUCAAGCUUGAAAAGGACAAGGAGGAGUCCGACCGGCGCCUCUCCGAGCUCGAGAAGAAGAAGGAAGAGGCCGACAAGCGCGUCGCCGACCUGGAGAAGGCCAAUAUGGCCGCGAGCGACAAGGCGAGCAAACAGGCCGAAGAAGAUGCCCGGGCGCUCGCCAAGCUGAAAGAGGACAAGAGAAAGACUGACGAGCGUGUCGCCGAGCUCGAGAAGAAGGAGAAGGAGGCCGACGAGCGGAUCGCUGACCUCGGAAAGACCAAAAAGGAGGCCGACGAGCGCCUCGUCGAGCUGGAGAAGAAGGACAAGGAGUCCAGCAAACGCAUCGGCGAGCUCGGAAAGAAGGAGAAGGAAACCGACAAGCGCAUCGCCGAGCUCGAGAAGGACAAGAAGAGCUCCGACGAGCAGAUCGCCGAGCUGAAGAAGGCCAAGAGCGAGUCGAACAAGCGCAUCGCUAAGCUCGAGAAGGCCAAGAGCGAGUCGGACAAGCGCAUCGCUGAGCUCGAGAAGGCCAACAGGGGCCUCGACGCCAAGGUGGCCGCAAGCGACAAGGCGAGCAAACAGGCCGAAGAGGAGAAGUCUUCCUUGGAGCGGAGCCUCGAGAUCGUUCGGCAGCAGGUCGAGGAGCUCAAGCAGACGCUGGCGACCCGAGAGCAGGAGCAGGCCGAGCUCGAGGACAAGCUGGCCGACCCGACCCAGGCCAACGAGAUCGAGUCGCUCCAGAAGCAGCUGUCGGCCGCGGAAGAGCGGACGUCGAGCCUCGAGGCCGAACUCCACCGCCGCGGACAGGCCCUCACCGCCGCCAACGCCGACAGCGAGAAGCUGGCAAAGGAGGUCGAGACCCUCAAGAGCGACAAGGCGCAGGUCGACGACCGGGCGCGCCAGGCCGAAGAGGAGCUCGCCGAAACGACAAAGGCCCGCCAGGCGCUCGAGUCCGAACUCGCGGCCGAACGAGCCAAGGUCACCGAGGCCUCGGCUGAGAGGGACUCGCACCGCUCCAAGGCCGAGGAGCGAGCGGAGGAGCUGCAGAAGGUGUCGUCCGAAGCCCAGAAGCACCUCGCCGCGCUCGAGACGGCCAAGGCCGACAUCACCGCCGCGCACAAGCGAGCCAGCGGCGCCGAGAAGAGGGCCGACGGCCUCCAGACCGAGAACGAGCGCCUCGUCAGCACCCUCGACGACGUCAACGCCAAGGUCGGUGCGCUCUCGCAGGAGAAGGCCACGCUGCAGGACGGCAACAUCAGCCUCGAGGGCAGACUCAAGAAGGCCGAAGACGACGCCCGAGCCGCGAGCUCGCAAUUCGAGGCCAGGCUGAAGAAGGCCGAGGACGGCGCCAAAGAGUCUGCCGCGCAGCUCCAAGCCCAGAUCAAGAGCCUCGAGCAGAGCAUGCAGUCGAGCAAGGCCGAGGCCGAAGCGGCAGCCAAGAAGCUCGUCGAGGCCCGCGACGCCGCCAACAAGAAGGCCCAGGCCCUCGAAGCCAGCCUCAAGCAGGCCGACGCCCAGUCGGCAUCGUUCGAAGGCGACGCCCAGGCCGAGCUCAAAGCGCUGCGGGAUCGGGCCGAGUCGAGCGAGGAGGCCCUUCGGACCAAGUCAGAAGAGCACGCAACCGCCGCGGCCUCGGUGGCGGCGCUCCGCUCGGAGCUCGACGAGCACGAGCUCGAGCUGUCUGCCAUGCGGUCGCAGAUCCGCAAGCUGGAGAGCUCCGUGUUUGAAGAGACCGACCGCGCGCACAAGGCGGUGCGCCGUGCUGCCGAGAUCGAGGAAGAGCUGCGCGCGCUGCGGGCCAGCAUUGUCAGCGAUGGCAAUGGCGGCAGCGGCGUCGGGUCCAUGUCCAGUCUGGCGGCUCCCGUCCCUGCCCCUCCAUCACUCGUGUCGAGCCUCUCGCCGAACGCCAGCAAGGGACCCGUGGGCAGCCGAGCGCAUCGCCGCAGCGCAACGUCGGCGCACAUCCCGGGCCUCUCGCCGCUAUCGGAGCGCGACGCCAUGGACUUUGCCUCUCCGCUGCGCUCGACGGAGGCGGCAGGUGCGGCGGGCACGAACGCACAGCCGGUCUCGCCCACGCCCAAAGGCGCCGCCGCCCGACGCGGUAUCCGGACCAUCACGCCCGAGGAGCUGCCGCUGCCCCCUUCGCAGCGCCACCGCCGGCGCGAGUCGCUUCAGAUGCUGCGGGCACGUAUCGGCGACGAGCUGGCGACCCCUGCCGCGCCACUCUCACCCGCUUCGUCGUCGACGACGGCGUCAUCUCGCGCACCACCGCUUGCCACCAUCGCGUCGCCAGGCACCGAGGCAGCACAGGGUGACCAGCCUGCGAUUGUCGUCGAGGACGAGACGGCGGCGUCGGCGGCGGCGGCAGCGGGCGGCGACUCGCUUGACAAGAAGCACGGAUCCUCGUUCGAGCAGCCCGACAGGUUGAUGCAGGCCGGAUCGCUGGCGCAUCCCCGUUCCGCAUCGACGAGGCCCCACUUUGCGCACGACUCGAUCCUGUACUGCGCCUGCUGCACCGACGACCUGCUCGUCGUCUGA